AUGUUUGAAAACCUUUGCACCCUGCCCCUGUCCGCCGAGGUCUUCACCCAGGUCCUCCAUCCCACCGAACCGCUAUUGACCGUUGGCUUGUCUACCGGCCACGUCGAAACCUUCCGCCUUCCCCCUCCCGUACAAGACUCCUCCGAUUCUUCGGCCGAUCCCGAUACGAGCAUCGCGUCCAACGGUCGGGGAACCAUUGACAGCAUAUGGCGUACGAGGCGGCACAAGGGAAGCUGCCGAGCCUUGGCCUACAACCAUGAUGGAUCUGCCCUCUACUCUGCCGGCACCGAUGGCUUGAUCAAGCAUUUCUCCCCCGAGACUGGCAGGGUCAUCUCCAAGGCCGUCAUCCCCUCCUCGAACAAGCAGAUCGACGCCCCAACCCUCAUGCACGUCCUGAACCCCCAGAGCCUCCUUAUCGCCUGCGACUCGGGCGCCGUGCACAUAUUUGACCUACGAGACGGCGUCCCCUCGGCCAAGCCCGCACAAACCCACUUCCCUCACUCCGACUACGUCUCUGCCAUCGUUCCCCUCCCUCCCUCCGCCGAGAGCACCUCUGGCUUUUCCAAGCAAUGGGUCUCCACCGGCGGCACCACCCUCGCCGUCACCGAUGUGAGGAGAGGCGUUCUUGUCCGGUCUGACGACCAAGAGGACGAGCUGCUGUCCGCCUGUUACGUUCCCGGUCUCGGCCCCAAGCACAACCGCAACAAUGGAAUCGUCGCCGUCGGAUCCGGCUCCGGAGUCGUCACUAUCUGGGACAGGGGUGCAUGGGAUGAUCAACAGGAGCGCAUCAUCGUCGACGGCGGCAAGGGAGGCGGCGAAAGUCUGGAUACCAUGGCCCUUGUGCCUCAAGAGCUGGGCCUGGGCAAGAAGCUGGUGGUUGGGCUUGGAGACGGCAGCCUGCGCGUCGUCGACUUGGUCACCAGAGAGGUUGACAAGUCACUGAAUCUCCGACAUGACGAAGUUGAGGGUGUCAUUUCUGUCAUGUUUGACUCACAGAACCGUCUGAUCACGGCUGGUGGCAAGACGGUCAAGGUAUGGGAAGAGCUGUCGGAGCUCCAAGGGGAGGCCGAAGAUAGCGACGGCGACGACGACGAUGACGACAGCGAUAGCGAUAGCGACGGCGGUGAUAAACCUACCGGUAAGCGCCGUGCGAAAGAUAGCGACAGCGACGACGAUGAAGACGAUAGUGACAGCGACGAUGGUGGGAAAAGGCGGAGCAAGCGUCAGAACACUGGGGCUGCCGCGAAACUUGGCCCCAUGGGUGCUCACGGCAUCCUCGGGUUUGACGGUCUGGACUAA